GGCUUGUUUAUCUGGAUGUGGGAUGUUUUGGACUCUGUGCUGGAGGUGGACUUUGUGUUGGCCAGUAAUCGUUCCCAGAGAAACACCUCCCCGAGCGGAGGAGGGAAAAGCCCGUCUUGGAGAAUGAUAUAUAAAGAGGGAGCGAACCCGUCCUCUUCCCUCCACAGCGCCGGUUUUCAUCCUCACAGCCCUGUCACUCCAUCAGACAGGAAAUCACUCGCAGCGGUCAGUAUGGUGGGUCUGAAGCCGUCCGAUGUUCCUCCUCCUCCGGCGGUGAAGGUCCUCAGCGCGGGGAUGGCCGGCUGCAUCGCGGAUCUAGUCACCUUCCCUCUGGACACGGCUAAAGUGCGCCUGCAGAUCCAGGGAGAGAAGGGGGUGACGGGCGCUGCCGAGGGCAUCCGUUACCGAGGUGUGUUCGGGACCAUCAGCACCAUGGUGAGAACCGAGGGCCCGCGCUCGCUCUACAACGGCUUGGUCGCAGGUCUUCAGAGGCAGAUGGCCUUCGCCUCCAUACGAAUCGGCCUCUACGACAGCGUCAAGAACUUCUACACGCGGGGCAAAGACAACCCUAACGUGGGUGUGAGGAUCUUGGCGGGCUGCACCACCGGGGCGAUGGCCGUGUCCGUGGCUCAGCCCACAGAUGUGGUGAAGGUGCGUUUCCAGGCCCAGAUGAACCUGCAGGGUGUGGGCCGACGCUACAACGGGACCAUGCAGGCCUACAAGCAGAUCUUCCAGCUAGAGGGACUCAAAGGCCUGUGGAAAGGAACUCUGCCGAACAUCACGAGGAACGCCCUGGUCAACUGUACAGAGCUGGUGUCUUACGAUCUCAUCAAAGAAGCCAUUCUCAGAUAUAAACUCCUGUCAGACAAUCUUCCGUGUCAUUUUGUGUCUGCGUUCGGCGCCGGUUUCAUCACGACCGUGAUCGCGUCCCCAGUGGACGUGGUGAAGACUCGCUACAUGAACUCUCCUCCCGGUCAAUACAGAAGCUCUAUCAACUGCGCCUGGACGAUGAUGACCAAAGAGGGACCGACCGCCUUUUACAAAGGGUUCGUUCCAUCGUUCCUGAGGUUGGGCUCCUGGAACGUGGUGAUGUUCGUGUCGUUCGAGCAGCUGAAGAGGGCUUUGAUGAUGUCCCGGGACAGAUUCGAAGCCACCACGUAGAGGCUAAACUCACAUCAUUUCAAACACACGGACUCACACGAGCGGCUGUUUUAAACACCUAACGGGACGAUGAAAACCAGAUGCGCAGGCGCAGAAACUUCCACUUUGGAAGCUGAACAGGCAACAGUACGGGAUACAUCAGAAUCAGAUCAUGAUCGUCAGCGUUUCUCCUUCAGGGCAUUUUUCAUGUAUGAUAAUUAUGAAGCCGUUGAACAACGAUUGAUCACCCAUCACACAUAUUGAAAUGAGAGGAUAUUCUGAACCUCACCCCCCUUGAUAUAUUAAUGUACAAAAUGUUUAUGUAAUAUAUUUAUCUUUCCUCAUUUUUUUAAGCCAAUUAGUGCUUUGUUUAAAGCAACCAUUUACUUUAAUGUGUAUUUAACUCUAAAACUUUUCCAACACGUCACCCUGGAAUGACCUAGAAAGUGAGAUUGCCUCAGGAAACCUAUAAAGACACAAAGAUUCGCAUGUAUGCAUCAAUAAAACACCUUAAUACACCUUC